AUGUCUCAAACCCUCCCCUCUAUGCGCCUGCGCGCCUCACAUCGUGUGCACGGCACUUUGACGCAGAUACAUGACCCAGGGUAUAUCUCGCGAUCAGGCCCAUCCACAGAGAGGGGCACAGGAAGUCAGCACAAGAAGGGUAAAAGCUCGCGAGGUAAUGAAACGCUGAAGUACGAUCAAUGCAUCUUCGUACAUUACUACAAGAUGAAGAAACGCCUCAAGAUCUGCCCCAUCAUCAUGAAAGCGGCCGCUGGGCCGAAAGAUCCCGAUAUUGGUCCCCCGGAUGACCACGACGACUUUGAGACAGAGCAAGUCCCAUCGAAUGCGAAGCAUGCGCCGGAAUCAACCAGCGCAAUAACGAGCGAUUUUGAUCUGCGUCUCCUGUGCAAGGAUAGUGAUAUCCCCGACGAUAUCCCCACAUUCCUUCAGGAUCUCAGCCCCAGAUCGAAGUAA